AUGGAGAUUUCGUUAUCUUAUUAUCCGAUUCUUCAUACAUCUCCAAUCAACAGAAAUGGCCUUUGUGUUUUCAAACUUGCAGGUCAUGUCACACAGAAAUUCGCGUUUAUUGGGUCAGAUGGCGUUUUAAAAUAUUAUAGGUUCGAUAAAAAUAUAUUAAGUCAAAGAUAUGAAUCAAAUAUACUUUCAAAUAGUAACGAGUGCGUAAUCGCAAGUGAUGAUAAUGUAAUUGUUUCACAAAUGAAAGGAAUUUCAAGAUAUAAUCGAAAAGGAGCUCACGUAAAGACAUAUAAAAUACCAUUUGACAAUCACAUAACAUCAAUGAUUGAGCAAGGAUCAUAUAUUCAUGUCGCUUCAGGUACAAUGAGUUAUACAGUUGGAGUACAAGAGUCUGCAAUCGCUUAUGACUCACCAAUUAUUGGAUUUGCUGUUGUAAACAAUGUACCUUAUGCAGGAAUUGCAUCAGGCAAUGUUUAUUCCUUUGUUCCAGGCCAAUCACAAUUAGUUCAGACGCUUCCAGGAUCAUUGACAAUGAUUUCAUCGGUACAUCAUACGAAAACAGAUUCCUACCUUGCUGUAGGAUGCUCUGAUAAGAAAUUACGCUUUUACAACAAAUUAGAUAAAGAAGUUUCUUCAGUAGAGCUACAAUCACCAGCUACAGCCAUGAGUGAGUUCGAUAUUGAUAAAGAUGGAUAUCCAGAGCUAUUUGUUGCAAUGGAAAAUGGAAAUGUAUGCUUAAUUUCACUUGCUUUAAUAGAAUCUCCAAGAGUCCUUUCAUCAAUCUCAAUUGGCUUCUCAGCAACAAACAUAGAGGCCGGAUACAUAUAUUCCGCUAACUUAGUUUCAGCAGUUGUCACUUCUCAAUCCGGACAUAUCGGAAUUGUUUCUGCAGAACCACGUAGAGAUCGCUCUCUGCUCACAUCAAUUGCUCCAAAGGUUACAGAACAAGAAUUGGAUCAAUUAAGACGCGAAAUUUCAGCUCUUGAAAAUAUAUCCAAAAACAGUUCUUAUCAGCGCUCAAUAGUUCCAGUACAGACAAAAAUGGAGCUCAGAGGCGACAUUUAUUCCCAAAGUUUCGUGAUGAUCGUUGAAUCCGAAAAACCAAUAUCUCGAGUCUCAAUUGGCGCCAAUCUUCCAAUCACAGUUAAAUCGAGGAAUGACUGCCAAACAACAAUAUUCACUGCCAAGCGCAAAGCUCCCAACAGUUCCGCUGUAAUUGUUCCUGUUGAUCCAAAUGCGACCAGAAUUACCUUCGAUAUCUCAUAUGAAACAGGCCAAGGCGGUGAACUCCAAGCUUUCGUCAACUACGCUGGCAGCGCAACAGUUUUUUCGAAGGAAUACCAACUUCGACCAUUUGGACUUCUCAAAAAGUUGCCAACAAAUCCACUCGAAACAAUCAAAGACGAUUCAUUGGCUGUUGUCGAUCUUGUUGCUGCUGAUGGUGCAUCAUCCGUCUUCCACUCCAUUGUCGCCAAUUGCUUCCCCAUUCCUCUUGAAGAAGACGUCACAGCUUCGUUCUCAAUGGGCGUUGUUGGAGCUCCUUUGUCUGUUACUUUGAACGGGGACAAACUCACAGCGAGAAGUCUGUUUUUGCCUCUAGUUAUACAGAUAAGGAGCUAUAUACUCGGCGCAAUGAACAGCCAGAAGCAAUCUGUGACGUUCGAGACACAUUUGGGACCAAAUUGCGUCAACGAGUUCUUCAAUUACAUCGAGAAGAGAUUUUUCGAAGUAAACAAAGCAGCAAGCGAUCACAUGAAACUUACUGCACUCAAGGAAGUAAGGAACUCAACAAUGGCAUCAACAUCUAUCCAGGCAAACGAAGAAACAGCAAGAUUGAUGGCAGAAUCACAGGAAAUUGAGAAAAAAUACGAAGAAUGUUCUGCGGAAUAUUUCUCAUACAUAGAUGUAAUUCAUCAGUUUUACAUCGAAAUGUGGAAAAUAGAGAAUAUCAACUCGGCUAACUGCAUCGAAGAGCUGGAUGCUGUCACAAAAGAAGCUAUUGACGGAAACUCAUUGACAUCGCUCAUUAAUUUCAUGAAAGCUUCUCCUCCAAAAUGA